AUGUGGAACUCCUCCCACCCACCUCCACAGCUCAUGUCCAACAUGUCUGCCUCCUAUCUGCCUGAGGGCUGGGCUCUGUCCCAGUCGCUAGCCCUACUGGCCAUGCUGCUCAUGGAUCUGCUGGCUGUGGUGGGUAAUGUGGCUGUCAUGACGGUCAUUGCUAAGGCCCCACAGCUCCACAAGUUUGCCUUUGUCUUCCACCUGUGCGUGGUGGACCUGCUGGCAGCCCUGGUGCUGAUGCCCCUUGGCAUGCUCUCAAGCCAAGCCUUCUUUGGGGAGGCCCUCUGCCGGAGCUACCUCUUUCUCAGUGUGUGCCUGGUGAGUGCUGCCAUCCUCUCUAUCUCCGUCAUCAAUGUGGAGCGUUAUUACUACAUCAUACACCCAAUGCGCUAUGAAGUAAAGAUGACUGUUGGCCUAGUCGCUUCAGUGCUGGUUGGGAUAUGGGUCAAAGCCCUGGCCAUGUCUGCUCUGCCACUGUUCGCUUGGUUCCUGCAAGGUGGAAGAACUCCUCUUCUGGAGAGUAGUGGGGUGGGGGGAGGAGGGGCAGUCCCAUCUCCACCUGCUCAGGGUCACCGGCGCUGCUCACUACAUUGGACAGGGGGAGGGUCAAACCGCUUGGCCUUCAUGGCCCUGUUUACUCUGGUGUAUUUCCUGUGUCCAGUAUUGGUCAUUCUUGUUGUGUACUGCAAUAUGUUCAAAGUGGCUCGGGUUGCAGCCAUGCACCAUGGGCCUCUGCCUACCUGGAUGGACACGCCUCGCCGCCAGCGGUCGGAAUCACUCAGCAGCCGCUCCACGAUGGUUACCAGCUCUGGGACAGGGACUGGGACAGGCAGAGACACUCCACAGCGCCCCUUUGGGGGAGGAAAGGCUGCAGCAGUGUUGGCAGCAGUAGGUGGGCAAUUCCUUUGUUGCUGGCUGCCAUACUUUACUUUCCACCUCUAUUCGGCACUGGCUGCCAGCCCUCCAGCCACACUCGCCUCUCUGGAGGAGGUGGUCACCUGGAUUGGCUACUUCUGCUUCACGUCCAAUCCCUUCUUUUAUGGCUGUCUCAACAGACAGAUCCGGGAUGAGUUGGGCAAGCAUCUGCCUUGUCUGUUUCGUCGAGCAGGGGUUGAGAUGGAGGACAGACUGCCCAGCCGUGAAGGAUCCAUUGAGGAGAAUUUCCUUCAGUUUCUUCAGGGCACCGGCUGCAACUUAGAUCCUCAAAAUUCUCACAGCACCUCCAGCCCUAAAGGGGAGGCUUGCUGCCCCUUGGCUCAGUCCCAACCACCGGAACCAGCACAGCCCAUACCGAUAGAUUUCCGAAUCCCUGGACAAAUUGCAGAGGAGACUUCAGAGUUUAUUGAGACUGAACAGGCUAAAAACAACCAUAUUUAUACAGACAAUUAA